AUAAUAAUGAAUCAUUUCAUAAAUAAUGGGCUUAGUGGCUUAUCAGGGCAGGGUGGCCGGUGCUGCGCUCUUAUCUCUGCCGGCCACAUUGGCGGAAGGUUCCGCUCUCCAUACUAAACAGCUCGCUGGAUGGACGUGAUGUGGGAUUAUAUACAAUCCACCCCAAACUCCAGGCUGCACUUAUUAUCGGGACAUGAAUGGCCCUUCACAAAAUGGCUCCACACACUCGCUAGCAAGAAAAUACCGACGGUAACUCUGACGACACGCCCCUCCACUCCUCAUUUUUAGACCACUUUGGAUGUUCUCCAUCACUGCGGUUUGCUUCUCCCCUCAUUCCUUUUUAUGUCAUUUCGUGUUCUGAGUUGCCUCCGAGAUGAUGGAAAAACUGAACGCCGACGUCUGCAAAACGAGCCCGAAGGACGUCAGGUCUCCGUGUCACGAAUCGCAGAAAGGUGCCGAGGCGUGUGAGACACAGGAAAGCACGACAGAGGCCGACGGGGCACCAGGGGAGGGGUCCCCGGGGGACCACCACCACAACGGGACGGCCCUAAUUAAUGGGGUAACCAAGGAGACGGCGUACAAUGCAGCCGAGCACAGAAAGGAAAUGCCACUGAUCGAGCUGGCGAGGAGAGGGGGCACCGCGGAUAUAAAAGGCAGGGAGCUGCCAGGAGACGGCAGCCAGAAGGUGCAGACCACCGAGCUGUGCAGACCACCCGUCCCUCUGCCGUUACCUGUGCGGGAGCCAGUCAGCGAUACUCGAAUGGUGCAGCUGAGCCCACCCGCCUUCCCGCUCCCCGCCCGAGCCAUGCUCUACAGCAACGUCGCCAACGCCCUCAACAGUGGUUUCGGAGCUGAUCAAGACCAGUACACCUUAUUUCUCAAUAAUAGGGUGAAGCGAAGACCAGCGCCAUACGAGAUGGAGAUAACUGAUGAUGAGCCUUGUCGCUACUCCACUCCCGACUCCGACUCACCCGGCAGAGGAGGACAGACUUCUUAUAAAACUGGACCCGGGGGUACUUCUGGGUCUCAGCCAAAGGUCAUUCGUCGCAUCUUCACCAACAGCAGGGAGCGAUGGCGGCAGCAGAACGUGAACGGGGCCUUCGCCGAACUGCGCAAGCUCAUCCCCACUCACCCACCCGACAAGAAGCUGAGCAAGAACGAGAUCCUGCGCUUGGCCAUGAAGUACAUCAACUUCCUCGCCAAGCUCCUGAGUGACCAGGAAGACGUGGAGGACGACAGGGGGACGCGGACCCACGAGGCCCGCGAGGCCGGGAUUGACCGCGAGGAUCUGCUGCCGGAGAUGUUGUCUCCCAACUCCAGCUGCGGGAGCCUGCUGGAUGGCGAUGGAAGCCCAGAGAGUUUUACCGAGGACCAGGAUUCGGUGGAAUCCCGGCCAUCGACUCGGAACCUGCACCACGCCCUCCUGCCACUAGAGGGCAACGAGCAGCGAUGAUGAGUCGCGAGCGGCGACGGUGUGUGGACAGCAGCAGCUGAGGCGGUGAAUUGUUGUGCUUGAAAGGCAUGAAGGUUCGACUUUUUUAACUUUAUAAACUAGAUAAUAAUAGAGCUCCUCAACCUUUGACCUCCUGCCGAUAGGAUGGGACACGGAGGCAUGUGGCUGCAUCCCAUUAUCAUUGCUUCCAUGCUCUCGACUAAUGCCACCUCCAUGAUGUUUCCAUUGGACGUGGACUUUAAUCUCAAAACGUUUUGGUACUCAACACCGGGCAGGUGCAGCUGACUGGCAUGAAAGGCCCGAUCACCCAGAACUGGCAGCUCUCUCACUUAGCGUGAAGUCAGAGAUACUCGAUGGUACCUACAGCCAUGCUUUGGUUGGCUAAGAAUCGAAUAAUACGAAAGAGGAACCAGGAUCAGACAUCUUCUCCACCCCACAGCCAAGGCUGCCAGCCAGUAGGUAGCAGAUGCCCGCACCUCGUCACCCUAACAAAGUGCACUGUGGGUAGAACCCUUGGCUCAUGAAUGGCUAACCUUCACCAUACUCGUCCUGUUUUCAAAAGUCAAAAAGAAUUCCAAGAGCAGUCCGAGCAGAAGCCAUCACCACAAAUCAUUGUUAUGUUUCCCAAAUUUUCAUUGAAGAGAGAAAAUGAAUUAGAUUGAGACUCGCCGAACGAAAGACAGAUCCCUGUUCGAGGAAAAGGGAAAUAAAAUCCAAGGAGAAAAACUCUCCCUUCGUUUUGUUUGGGAUCUUGGACUUGGACCGCGGAGUCCAGGCUGACCGAUCAAGUGAAUGACAGGAAUGGAGACGGCCGCCCGUCACUCCGAGAUCAACGAGACCCAAGCAUUGCAUGAACUGUCACUCCAGCAAAGUGAGGAUGCCAGCGGUGGGCUCUGCCGUGGGGUCUCGGGAAGUGGGAUGAGCUAAAGAAGCAGGUGAGAAGUCGCCCGGCUGAUUGAAGCCUUCUCUUCGUUCCUGUUGUGAAAUAAGGAUUCCGAUUUCAGAGGUCAGGAGAACCCACUGGGGGAUGACAAAUGGAGACCACCCUCAGAAAGAAGCCGACCCACCUGCACCGAUCUGGUCAAGGAUUUUUCGUAACUAAAAAGGAAGUGGGUACAAACUACCAGCAUGCUGGACUCUUUUGGUACAAGUGUGUUAAGAAACGCGUUAGGCGUUCUUGUGUGGAAAAACCGACUUUAAGGGGCUUCGGUUCCUGAACGGAUGGGGUCCUGGGGCCGGGCAGGUCCCUCCAAGUGCGUCGACACAGCGGACCCCAGCGUCUCGUCCCGUUUGUUUCCAGGCGCCAUUUUGUUCAGCCAUCCAUUUUCAGAAGUCCAGAUGGGGGGACGAGAACGGGAUGGAGGGAGCGGAUCGGAGACGCUGGGAAGUGCCGUUGGGGUUUUUAAUAAAAGUCGAAAUGCAAACUUUGUUAAAAAAAAACAAAAAAAACAAAAA